AUGGAAGAUGUGUUGUCCCGAGCCUGGGCGCAGGUGAAGUGGGAGGAAGAUGUUGCUAGCCGCGCCAAAGCUCAGCCAACGCAGGACCAAAGGUCAGCCCAAUCAGAUCGAGGAGACCGAGAUGAAAGAUCCUCCCAAAGGGGAUCCAAGGACUCUGGUAGUAGAAACAGGGGCAGGUUCCAGUACCGGCCACAAGAGAAGGAAGAAGGGAUGUCGGUAUCUACCUGGCCCGAUAUCUCCCAUCUCUCAAUAUCAACACCUGAGCUAGUCAACGCACUGAGACAGAUGGGCCAACAGUGCGACUUCCAUCGCGAUCAUGGCCACAAAACCGAAGACUGCAUCGCCCUGAGGAUCGAGGUCAACGAACUACUCCAAAAGGGGCAUCUCCGAGAAUUCCUCUCAGAGAAAGCCAAGGCCCACCUCAGCAAAGAGACAGCAGGGAAAUCCAAAGGAGCUGCACCAGCCUCACCACCUCGCCAAGAUCGGGUGAUCCAUGUCAUAUCCGGAGUCUCAGAAGUAAGCCACGCAGCCGCAAAGAAAAGCACCCGUAACGCUAAGCAUGGUCUGGUAACGACCCAACCGAAGCGCCUACUUCUAAGCACCGACGAGAUAAGCUUCACAGCUAAGGAGCAAGAGAAGAUCCUGGCUCCCCACCAUGAUGCUCUAGUUAUCUCUCUCACCGUAGCAAACUGCUUGGUGAAAAGAAUACAAGUAGACAACGGCAGCUCCAGCAACAUCAUCUUCCAGACGGCGUACCAAGAUCUAGGGCUGGAGGAGAGCACCCUCAUGCACAAGGUAACCCACUCAUCGGGUUCAGCGGCAAGGUCAAGCAAACCGCCGGAGAGGUUAUCCUCCCAGUAUACGCUGAAGGGGUCAACAUGUCAACCAAAUUCCUGGUCGUAG